AUUGAGUCGACAUUAACUGGCGAGGAUUUUCUCCGAUUUCACCAGCCAUGGCUGCCGUUGCUGAACGAGCAAUGAGCUCUACUGAACUAUAUAUGAAGUUCAGCGAUCCGAGAACUUCAAUAAAUGUCGCCCAUAUUCGACCGGUGGAUGUGCACCCGAUAUAUGAAUCCGAGGAAGAGGAGAUGUCUGAAGCGGAAGCGACUGGUCAGACAGAGCCUGGUUUUUCCCCCAUAGAAAAUGACAGUGAUACUGGGGUCUCCGAAUUUGAAGAGAUCAAUGUCAAUCCAUCCCAAGCCCAUGUAGCCCACGAGAGAUAUACAUCAGGGCACAAAUUUGCCUUGCAAAUUUCCCCUUUUCCAACACCAGAAGGAACUAUUUCGAGAGCGGCUUCGAUUAGCACUGUCAAAAGGGCCAGUUGCAUUACCCUAAUGCCUCAGAUACAUCCACAGCCAACGAAGUUGGUCUCACCAGUUACACCAACGUCCGAAUCAAAUUCUCCAUCAAAUUCUCCACCUUUUUUGCCAUUCAUGGAGGGAAAACCCCUCUCUAAACCUGUUAUAGAAGAGGAUACUCUUCAAAACUUCCGAUCUUUUUAUUCGGACACAGUUUCAUCCGAUGACGAGGAUCUUGCCAACACGUCUUUUCUCAUUGCAACUCCAGUAUCCCUCUAUGCACCAGAGCGUAAACCCCAUUUGAUAUCUAUAGAAUCUCCAACUGCUCAAAUUUCGAAUGGACGAAUAACAGAAACCCAAAAGAUACAAGAACUUGUCCCUCUCGCAAGUGGAGGUUCUUCCAAGCGCAGCCCCGGCAGAAAUCUUAAAAAACGCAUUUCUGGCCUGAAUAUAGGAAAAUAUACGCAGAGACGGAGCUCCAACCAGCCAGCCUCCGAGUCAACGUUUCCUGCAAAACCUCUAUUUUCGAAUGCAUCCGUUCACUCCCUUUCCAGCCUGAGCUGGCGUUCUAGUAGCGCGAUCUCUUCGAACUCUGAGACCGAACUUCAUUCUUCUGUUACCUCGAGGGAAUCACCGGGUGUAACGCCAUCCCCUCAACGGAGUCAUACUUUAUUACCGUCACCUAGGAUGUUAGAGCAGAAAUCUCCUGAUGGCAGUCGCAAGACAAAUGAGAGACAUGUCGCAGAUAACGUCAAACGCAGAGAAAACGCCAACCGAACAAGUUACCGAAGAACUAGUAAGAUCAAAAUGAACCACAACAUACCACCCGUACCCCAAAUAAUGGGAAUUGCGAUCUCAUCGGAUAUUUCAUCACCAGCGUCCGUCGAAUCAUCUCUAGAUAGCCCUCGGCCUUCGACUUUACCGGAUCGACGACUCCCGCCCAGCCCCAUAUGUCCGACAUACAGUGCAUCUCGUCGUAAUAGUAAGAGUACGAAAAGCUCAUUGAGCUCUUCACCGGCACCUGUCACUCCCAUGGAGAGAUCUACACACUUUCCUUUCCCUGACAUACCUAGUUCGGGCACGUUACAGGUAGCAUCAAAAAGAAGAGGUUUCCAUGAACGAACCCACUCGAUCAACAGUUUGGCCAGUACAACCAGCAUGCCGAACUUUGCGUCCUCAGAUAAUCCCUCACCCCGAUCCGCAACCCACCGAUACAGACAACGAUUUUACCCAGCAGAUACUACCCCAUCUGAACGGUCUCCAUCACGCGAGAGUGUGAAUCAAGUCAAACUCAACCCCCGCAACACUUACACCUUUGCGCCGCGUGGAAGCAUACCCACCGUGAAUCUGAGCAAUCUGUCUUCAUCCUCGACUGCAACCUCGAGAUCUAACUCUCAAACUGAUGUCAACAACUUGUCUUGGAAUUAUCGCACAGGCGCUUGGAGUCCAUCCACAACCCCAGCAGCGGAUAGCUUAAAAGUUCCGUUGAGAAAACAGGCGCAUUCGAAAAGUAUUAAGCGUUUGUAUGAGACGAGUGAAUCUGUCUCCCGUGCGGGGACUAAGGCCUUCAAUGGCCUCGGGUCUAUCUUGCGCAAGAAGAACGUUGCAUCUAGUGAUGAGCGGUGGAGUUCAAAUCGGGUUGUGUAAAAAAUAUGCAGAAACGAGUACCGGCGAAACCACCCGUUAGAGAUGUCAUAUUGUUUACAGCUUUGUAAUUAUCAGAGGUUAUUUGGGGCUCUGAGCGCUUUAAUUCGCUAUAUUUUUAUUU